GGAGAUUGUCGAUGACUUACGUGUUCACAUCAUUCGGUUCGACCUGCUUUCUCUUCAGAAGCCGAGCAUGGUCGUGGAUCGUCUACAGCACAUUACACACGACGGACCACCUUCGGGCCAAUCAAAGCAUAUCACAUCGAGCGAGAGCGAAUGGUGUGCACUGUCAGGAGGCUUUUCUGCUGCCGAUCAGAAGUGUCGAUCGGCGCAUGCUACGCGUCAAGCUCUCGUUGAGGUGCGUCGUGCUGUCGGCAUGCUGGAAGAAGACGGGGGGCAGGACUAGAAGGACACAUUGCAGUGUCUCGAGGUAUUGGAGCCUUCGAGCGAAAUAGUCGCGUUCCACUUGAGCUGAAUGCGGGGACGUCGUUGACAUCUCAGAGUGCUGACAGUCGAGUCGGGUGGAAAGGCGGGAGGGUUUCAAAAUAGCGAAACGAUGGACGCAGAGAGCGCGAGAAGGAUAGAGCAGCGGGCAUAUGCUCGCGUUGGAUUCUUAGGAAACCCCAGCGAUGCCUAUUUCGGCAAAACGAUUUCGUUCUCUCUGGCCAACUUCUACGCCACCGUGGUGCUAGAGCCGUCGCCGACGAUUCGUUUUCUUCCUCAUGCUGUGCACGAUCCUUGCGAAUUCGGCUCCCUUCAGCAGAUGGCCGACCGCAUCCGAGGCGAAGGCUACUAUGGAGGAGUGCGAUUGCUGAUGGCUGCCUGCAAGGUCUUCUUCGACGUCUUCAAGCACGCAGUGGAUGGCAAAGGCAACUCUCUUCACGAUCGCGGAUUCACCCUGUCGUAUGACACCAACAUUCCCAGACAGACCGGGCUCUCUGGAUCUAGCGCAAUCGUCUGGGCUGCUUUAAAGUGUCUUCUGGAGUACUUCGACAUUCCAACGAAGCAGGCGCAAGUGGACGGGCUGCCUAGCUUGAUCCUGCGCGUCGAGGAAGAGCUCGGCAUCACUGCAGGUUUGCAGGACCGGGUAGUCCAAGUAUAUGGGGGUCUUGUUUACAUGGAUUUCGACAAAACCUCGAUGGAGAGUCAAAAGAAAGGAAUCUACACAGCGAUGGAUCCAGAACUACUUCCACCUUUGUACCUGAUUUACUGCAAGAAUCCUAGCGACUCUGGCAAGGUUCAUAGUGAUGUAAGGAAGAAGUGGUUGUUAGGUGACAAGCGUAUUCGAGAACUUAUGGCAGAUGUGGCCCAAGUAGCCGAGAAGGGGCGUGCUUCUCUUCUAGAUCGGGAUUACGUAUCUUUGGCUACUCUUAUGGACCGAAACUUUGACUUGCGGAGGCAAAUUUUUGGAGAUGAUGUUCUCGGCGACAUCAACAUCAAAAUGGUGGAAACUGCGAGGAGUGUAGGUGCAGCUUGCAAAUUCACUGGCAGUGGUGGCGCAGUGGUGGCUUUUUGUCCAAAGGGUCGCUUGCAAGCGAAGGAUCUGAUGGAGGCAUGCGAGUCAGCUGGUUUCAGUGUGGAGGUCUGUAAGAUUGGUCCGGCUUCUGUAAAACACACGUGAUCGGAAGAGCUAAAUGCCCCGCCGGGCUUACAUCAUACCCACGGCCAAUGACUGUCAAUGAAGGAAAAUUAAGCCCCCUUUAAGCUGAGAUCACCAGGUUGCCUACAGAUUUUGAAACCUUUGAGCUCAAACGGGCGCCCCGGCUUUGAUGUCAAGGCAGAACAUCUGAGGUUUGUAACUUGAGUCACCACUUUCGUGGCCACUACCUGCCCCCAUUUGCGAGUAGUGCAUUGUAUUUAAGCUUCAGUACAGUAACCCCCUCGCAUAGAGUUUUCAGACUGUGGGAUUAGCGCCACAUCUUUUUACCUCAUUCCAAAUCUUAGAAAGAUUAUAUGCGUCUGCAGGGAACUCCUCCUUCUAGCAAGGAUCAAGUGCAGCACAGAGAGCUACCAGGUCGACGUAAAGAGCCACAUAGAGGAGCAUGCUGUUGGGAGCACUACGGUAGGCUAGAUAUGUACCAUGUGACAUUCGACCACUUUCUCUAAAUAAGUUGCUCCAGAGGCCUUCUACAAAGCGAGUUUUCUGCCCUCGAAAUCUUGACCUGCUGUCAAAGUACAGUUCGGGAACAGUGGAGGUUCCAUGCAUCCAUGCAAUUAAAUCUUCAGGUCCCAUCUCAAAAAACAGAACUCAGAUUAGUGACUAAGAAGUGGUCUUUGUGGCGGACUUUCAUGGUGCAUUAGCCGGGCCCUAGUCUAUGGAGCCACAUGUGUUCAUGCAGCAGAUUCUUCAGAUGAGCAAGUUAAGACAUGGUUCAUCAUACUCUGACAGAGUUCAGACUUCGUGUAUCCACAUUCUACGCCUCGCGCAUGUGUCUGGCACGUCUGAAGAUGGAGCCUCCAAAGUGACUUAUUCGAGAAACAUUGUCGUGAGUGUCCUUGACAGUACCUCCCAAUUAUCAAUCCGAGGUUAUGCAGCACACCACUCGGGCCUUCAUCCUGUGCAGAUGAUGAAAGUCCGUCGAUGGACAGCAGUUCUUGUGAAAGGACUGACUCGGUGAUCUCCGCAUGCAGUCCAU